AUGCAGCUUGAAAUCCAAGUGGCUCUCAACUUCAUCAUCUCAUACCUAUACAACAAGCUGCCAAGGCGGCGGGUCAACAUUUUUGGCGAGGAGCUGGAGCGGCAGCUGAAGCAGAAAUAUGAAGGACACUGGUACCCAGAAAAGCCAUACAAAGGCUCAGGAUUCAGAUGCAUCCACGUAGGUGAGAAGGUGGACCCCGUGGUGGAGAAGGCAGCCAAAGAGAGCGGGCUGGACAUCGAGGAUGUUCGCAAUAACCUGCCCCAGGACCUCAGUGUGUGGAUUGACCCCUACGAGGUGUCCUACCAGAUCGGCGAGAAGGGGCCGGUCAAGGUGCUGUACGUUGACGACAGCAACGAGAGUGGCGGCAGCAACGGAGGGCUCGAUUUGGACAAGGAGAUCAAGAACAGUUUCAAUCCGGACGCGCAGGUCUUCAUGCCCAUCAGCGAGCCCGUGCACGGCGCCUCCCCGGGAUCCAGCUCCCCCUCUCCCCCCUUCGGUCACUCGGCGGCGGUCAGCCCCACCUUCAUGCCCCGCUCCACUCAGCCUUUAACCUUCACAACGGCCACCUUCGCCGCCACCAAGUUCGGCUCCACUAAGAUGAAGAGCAGUGGACGCAACAACAACAACAACAACGGCGGCGGCGGCGGCAGCAACGGCGGCGCCAGCGCCGGGAACAAAGCAGCUCGUACCUCUCCCACCAAUCUGGGCCUGAAUGUGAACAGUCUCCUGAAACAGAAAGCCAUCUCCACCUCCAUGCACUCGCUGUACGGGUUGGGGCUGGGGCCGCAGCACCAGAAGCCCUCGGCCCUGUCCCCCAACGCCAAGGAGUUUGUGUUCCCCAGCCUGCAGGGCCAGGGCAGCCAAAGCGCCCUGUUCCCCGGGGACAGCUCGCUCAGCCUCAGCCCGCUGCAGUACAGCAACGCCUUCGACAUGUUUGCGGCCUACGGUGGCCUUAACGACAAGUCCCUUAUGGAUGGCUUGAAUUUCAGCUUAGGCAACAUGCAGUAUUCUAACCAGCAAUUCCAGCCAGUCAUGGCCAACUAG